UUGGCAUCCCCAGGAUCGGCAACAACCCUAAUUCAAUAGGUCUGAUCAUAACAUAAACAUUGUCGAGAUCUCCCACCCACAGCCACAGCUUCCAAUCAAGUCUCCCAUCCCCAAUAUCAAAAUGAGCAAGGACAGGAAACACGAUGUGGAUUUUAUCCUGGACGAACUGGUCGGGGGAGGGGGUUGGUGGCAAUGGAAGAUGACACUGAUGUCUCUGCCCAUUGGUUGGUCGUCAUUAUACGCUCUGUUCAUCACCAUGUACGCAGCGUAUUCACCCCCUCAUCGGUGCUACAUCCCUGCAUGUGAUAGUGCCUCGUCGAUGAUCAAUGAAAGUUGGACAGGGUUUGCUUUGCCCUCAGAGCACCGCUCGUCGAACUUCUUAAAGGUGGCCGAUGAUUUCGAUCCAUGCCAUCGCUAUGAGCCCGUGGGCGAUUCCUGCGAGGCCAGUGCCUUCAACACGUCCUCGUCCUUGGAAUGCGAGGACUACGUUUGGGAUCGCAGCCAGUUUCAGGAGACUCUCGUGACCACCUUGGGACUGACUUGUGGCGAGGAUUGGAAGCGGCGAUUGCUCAGCUCGGUCAUGAUGGUUGGACUCAUGAUUGGCUCGCUGGUUGGAGGCCGUAUAAGCGAUCGCUUUGGGCGGAAAACUGCCAUGCUGGUGUCGUUGGUGACCAUCAUUCCCACCACCAUCGUGGGUGGAUUCGUGCCCAACUAUUUGGUCUACGUGGGUUUGCGACUGUUGACUUGUUCAGCCUUGCCCAUCAUGUGGAUCGCACUCCACACUUACUCAUUGGAAAUGUUCAGUCCCAAGCAUCGGAAGUUAUUGUUUGCCGUGAAGGAUGUUCCCAUUCCAUUCCUUAUCUUCAUCCUCAUCGUGAACUGGAACCGUCAUUGGAGCAACCUUCAUUUGUGGGUGGGCAUUGUGGGAGGGUUGGCUCUGCCGGCUUGGUUCUUUAUCCCCGAAUCUCCCCGUUGGAUGGCCAGUAAUGGACGGAGAGACGAAGCUGAAAGAGUUUUCCUUAGCAUAGCCGCGGGCAAUGGAAAGACUCUCUCCACUGAGCAAGAGAAGGAGAUGAAAAAUAUCUUGGACAACGUGGAGUCCGAAUCCGAGCAGAAUCUCAAUCCAUUGGACAUGUUCCGGAGGCACCACCUGGUCAAGACCCUGAUUUUGAUCUUCUGUUGGUCUACGGUUUGCGUGGGUUUCUAUGCUCUCACUUUGAGCGCCACAAGCUUGUCGGGAGACAUCGUGCUCAACUUUGCCCUCAUGACCUUGGUCGAGUCGCCCUUAUCGAUCUACGUCUACUUCGCUCUGGAUGCGAUUGGUCGCCGUUGGAAUACUAUUAUUUCUUUUGCUCUCAUGGGUGGAAGUUGCAUUGUCUUGGCAUGCGUUCCCAAAACCCAAACGGUCAUUGUGUUCAUUGCUUACUUUAGCGGGAAACUGGGAGCCUCAUUGGGAUUUCUGAUGGUUUAUCUGAUCACUGCCGAGCUGUACCCGACCAAUCUGCGAUCUCAAGCACUUGGGAUCUGUUCCAUGGUGGCAAGGGUUUUUGGGAUGAGUGCUGAAUUCGUCACGGCCUUGGCCGUCUAUUGGCAGCCAUUGCCCAUGCUCGUUUUGGGCGUGCCGGGUUUGAUUGCAGCGGUGUUGGCGGCUUUUCUACAUGAAACUACCGGCAAGGACCUCCCACAAACCAUGAGGGAGGCCGAGGAGAUUGAGGAGGAGACUCUGGAUGAGAACGAGAAUUCGAAAAAAUCCGAACCCUAGACCUCGUCCGAAAAGCCACAAGCACCCUAUUCAAAUCUAUUAUCUUGUGUAGAAUGUAUUUAUUAUUUAUCGACUAAUCCAGAUACACAUUUAUCAUUGGA